AUUUCCGGUGCGCGCCGUGGCCCCGGAAGCGGGGAACGGAAGCAGCCGGGUGGCCGAGUGCGGGGCCGCGAUGGGCCGGGAGCCGUGAGCGGGCGGCGAUGGCGGGGGCCCGGGGCUGCCCCCAGGCGGGCACCGGGGAGCGGGCUCUGGCCGAGCUGCUGCUCGAGUUCUCUCGGGCGCAGUAUCGGGCCAAGGACGGGGGCGGCGGCGGGGCCGGGAGCAGCGCGAAGGUGGAGAGGAUUGAGAAGUGCUGCCUGGAGCUGUUUGGCAGGGACUAUUGCUACAGCCUGAUCCAGAAUGUGAAUGGGGAAAUUUGUGGCCACUAUCCCCGGCAGAUCGUCUUCCUAGAAUACGAGAGCACUGACAGGGAGCGAAACAUGUUUGAGAGCACUGUGCAGGUCAGCAAACUGCAGGACCUCAUCAACCGCAGUAAAAUGGCCAGAUGUAGAGGACGAUUUGUCUGCCCAGUCAUUCUGUACAAGGGAAAGCAUGUUUGUAGGUCAGCGACCCUGGCUGGAUGGGGGGAACUGUAUGGACGUACUGGGUACAACUACAUUUUCUCAGGGGGCUCUGAUGAUGCAUGGGCUGAUACCGAAGACCUUUCAGAAGAAGAUUCUGCGUUCAGGAAUGCAGACUCCCAGCUGUUUGACAAGGUCCGAGGACAUGACAUCAAGCUGCUUCGAUACCUGUCUGUCAGAUAUAUCUGUGACCUGAUGGUGGAGAACAAGAAAGUGAAGUUUGGCUUAAAUGUGACGUCUUCCGAGAAAGUGGACAAAGCUCAGCGCUAUGCCGACUUUACCCUCCUCUCCAUCCCAUAUCCAGGCUGUGAAUUUUUUAAGGAGUACAAAGACCGGGAUUACAGAGCUGAGGGUCUCGUAUUUAACUGGAAGCAGGAUUACGUAGAUGCUCCAUUAAGUAUCCCAGUGUCUCUGACCCGGUCUUUGAACAUUGACUGGAGCGAGUACCAGAGCUGGGACCUGGUGCAACAGACACAGAACUACCUGAAGCUGCUGAUCUCACUCAUCAAUGGGGACGAUGACAGCGGGCUUCUGGUACACUGUAUAUCCGGCUGGGACCGAACCCCUCUCUUCGUCGCCCUCCUGCGCCUCUCCUUGUGGGCCGAUGGGCUUAUCCAUGCCUCGCUGGAGCCUGCGGAGAUUCUUUACCUGACAGUGGCCUAUGACUGGUUCCUUUUCGGGCACAUGUUGGUUGAUCGGCUCAGUAAAGGAGAAGAGAUUUUCUUUUUCUGCUUCAAUUUUCUGAAGCACAUCACCUCUGAGGAGUUCUCUGCUGUGAAGCUGCAGAGGAGGAAGAGCCUGCUGCCUGGCUUCACGGUGGAAGAAAUCUGCAUGCUCAAGCAGAGGGAUCGGGGCAGCACCACGAGCCUGAGCAGUGACUUCUCCCUAGUGCUGGAGAGUUCACCAGGAGCAGCUGGGAGCUUCACCUCUGAGGCUGUGGAGCUGAUGCCAGCUGGCGCACAGACCCAGGCCGCUUGGGGGAAGUUGAUGUCUCACCCAGGGCUCCUGUUGUCCUGCAGGCGGAAGAGCCGCACAUCCUCUCCCCAAACGGUGCUCUGGAGCCGGACCCCGCAGUCUGAAGACCGACCGCCUUACCAGGAAGCAAAGUCCUCUAGCUCCUCCUCCUCAAACCAUUCUGACACCUUCCUGAGGGCUGGAAGCAGCCCACUGGAGGUCCCAAAACCCAGCUGGAGGCUGGUUCCUGGGGAAGGUCUAAACUGAGGAAACAACUGCACUUGACUAUCUUGACCUCUGGCCAUGUGGUCAUGGCAACAAAACACUUGGCCACGGCAGCAGCAGCAGCCGGGGAAACAUGGACUGUUCCUAGUGGGCCAACAGCACUUCAAGCAGCUAAUCCCAGUUGUUCCAGGUGCAGCCAGCGUGGAGAGCAGAGGAAUGCCGACGAGUAGUGGAGGAAGGGGAAGGGUACCUGAGCAGGAUACCUAAAGGUUGAACACCAGGAUGACCCUUUAGGUGUUUCCACUGGGGCAUCCUAGAAGGAAACGUUGCAUAUGUGACACUUGGCCAGUGUGUGGGCUUCUCCAGGGGCUGGAGCUUCUGUCAGACUAAUAAUGUGAUUAGUGGCCCAUGACCCAGUCCAAAGGCAAAGUCAGAUGUCAGGUCUCUGGUUGACAGAAAACCACUUCCCACCACAUCUCUGCAUAGGCUGUGUCCCAAACUUGCUAGGCAUUUGCAGAGCAGGACAUAAUGAUCUCGCCAGCUGAAUGCUUUGUGUCUAGAAACAACACAAGUUGCCUCUUAACUCCUUGUGCCUGUGUGAACUGGGCUGUAGAUACAGUGACCUGAAGCUCAUGUUUCACACUACUCCUGGGAGUAGUAGCCAGUGAAGUUGCAGAAAAAUGCAGUGUGUCUGCAUUGGGGCAUUGACUCGCGAGCGCGCACACGUGACGCUGGAUUAGCAAACUGAACAAAUGUUGCCUGUGCUGUUAAGUCUAUUAAUCAACCCUGGUGUGCUGUGCUCUGUUACGAGGCAAGGAAUCCAGCCCCGGGGUCUUCUGGUGGCUGUGUGACUCACAGGAAACACUAGCUCUUUAAAUGCUGCUGCAGCCAGUUCAGUAAUGUGCUCUGACUGCAAAGAGCAGCUCCCCAGUGCGUGUGGCUACUCAGUGGGAUCUGUGGAUGCUGUAGUUGGUGACCAUGGAUUCUCUUCAGCCAGCAUUGGGACAUUUUUCUCACAGUUGCUUUGAGGUGCUUGGUAGCUAGAGGUUUUACCAUGUCUGUGCUGGACAUCUGUCAUUCUCUGUCCUAAAGAGAAACCAGGCCCAAAGCUUGCCAGGACCAGGACUGAAACACCUGACUGCAGAAGGAAAUGAGGAGUCUUUCCAGAACUGAAGCUCUGAUUAUGCUACAAAUUGAACUGAUACUGUGGUGAAGAGUGUGACGUUGCCAAGGCCCUGACGGAGGUCCCAGAAGACUGGAGAAGGGCUAACAUUGUGCCCAUCUUUAAAAGGAGGGGAAAGGAGGAGCCAGGGAACUACAGACCAGUCAGCCUGACUUUGAUACCUGGGAAGCUACGGGAGCCAUGUAUAAAACAUUCCAUUUGCAAAUACCGGGAGGAUGGAGGGUGAUCACUAGCAGCCAGCAUGGAUUUACCUAGAACAAAUCCUGCCAAACCAGCCGGAUUUCCUUCUUUGACAGGGUAACUGGUUUGGUGAAUAGGGGGAAUGCAGUGGACAUAAUAUACCUGGAUAUCAGCAAGGCUUUGGACACAGUCCCACAUGACAUUCUGAUAAGUAAGCUGGAGAAAAGCAGGCUCGACAGAACUACCGUUAAGUGGAUACAUAAUUAGUUAAACAACUGCAAACAAAGAGUCACUAUUAAUGGAAUGAUGUGGGGUUGGUGGGAGGUCUCAACUAGGGUUCUGCAGGGAUCUGGUCUGGGUCUGGUGUUGUUAACAUCUUUAUUAAUGACCUAGAUGCAGAUAUAGAGAGCAGACUGAUCAAGUUUGCAGAUGACACAAAGCUGGGGGAUGCGGGAGGAGUUGCCAACACUUGGGAGGAUGGAGCUAAAAUUCAGAGGGACCUUGAUAAGUUGGAGAACUGGACUAUAGACAACAAAAGGAAAUUCAACAAAGACAAAUGUGAGGUGCUGCACUUAGGGAAGAAAAAACAAAUGCGCAAAUACAGACUGGGGGAAAACUGGCUUGGCAGCAGCACUGCUGAGAAGGAUCUGGGAGUUGUGGUGGAUCACAGCCUCCGAAUAAGUCGGCAACGCGAUGCUGUUGCAAAAAAA